AUGAAUAAUAAAAACAUCACUCGAAACGCUCCCGGAUCAUCCUUCGCAGAAGACCAGCUCUCCGUGGUUGGACCACCGGCUGUAUCUUUACUUGGUAACGUUUCACGUUCUCCGACGCCAACACCAACUCAAUUCGUCGAUUUGAAUGAGUCUCUGAUUCAGCCUCUCGCAUCUGAUUGGGACAGCUUGCGAAAUACCCCGUGCAGCCCUCAGCCAAGAAUCAACCCUGAGCAAGACAAUCCCCCUGAUCAUCAUGGUCCUGGUCAAAGUGACAGUAUCGGUAACACCACAUGGAUGCUUUGUUCGAUGGCGUUUCCCCCGAACCUAGGAAAUGACGUUGUGUACGUCGAAGCAUAUAUAUCUUCCUUCCACCCUGGUGGCCAGGUUGUUCUUAAGCUUACUCCCGAGACAAUCAGUAAACUGGUCCGGAAACACCGACUGAACUAUUGCGUGUAUCCAACUACCAAUGGCAAUGGCCGGUAUCAAGCGGAACUGCAACUGGCGGUGUUAUAUGCACAAUUCCAUCAGGCACUGGUUAAUUUUGCUUAUUUAAUUCGUGGGGAUGUUCUGGCUACCUUGUGGGAGCGCCAGGAGCAAAAGGUGCCGGACUGGAUCUGGAAACAUGUCAAAAAUUUGAUCUGGGGGUUCUUCUUCUCUCCCUUCACCUGUAAAUAUCGGUUGAUGAUGUUUUUAUUGGUUGCGGGACCUAUUGAAGGUUAG